ACCUUCUUUUUUUCCUUCUGUGGAGGCCAUGAUGGGAGCCUGAGAGUUCAGCUGGAGCCAGAGGAGCGAGAAAAGAAGAUGAUUUCCCGGGACGGAACUGUCAGAACAGGCUGUACACAUUGCUGAGCUUCGUAUAGUUUCUAUACAUCAAAGGUGGAGCCUGUCACUUUUUUUCAGAUGUGUUCCUGGCAAUCAGUCGAUGACAAUGUUGAAUCGUUAGAGGGCUUUUGGAUCGAAAAAGGAGGUAGCAUUAGCCAUUGUUGCUAGCUAGCUGUGCUAGCUAGCUAGUUAGCUAGCAAGCUAGCUACGUCUUAGUGACUGGAUACGGGUUUAGAGAACCGGUGAGUUCUCUGUCUUCUUGCUGUCAAUUGCGGCAGCUGCCAUUGAGUUUUCAGCUUGGACCUUGCCCGGCAUUCUGAAGUCUUUUCGCCUGAGGACAACUGCAUGUAUUUUAUCAGAGGGUUUUUGCAAAACGAAUUGCAAGAUUGGGAAAGUCGGGCCUGCGAGGAGCAGAGCAAGGCCCGUCUUUAUGAUCCAGAGGAAGCCUUUCUAAUCCUACCGACAGCCACCGCUACUGCUGGCUAGCACGUCUCCGUGAGGAAUUGGAAUAUUCAGCAGUCAGCGACCGAGGGCAGACCCGGUGACUGCGACAUACACGGCCAAACCACCGAUACUAAAUAAACUUGUUUUCACCAGUUACCCCAAAUAGACUCCUGUCACCUGCUACAAUGUCGUCGAUUAUAAAAGAAAUGGUCAGUCGGAACAAAAGGAGAUACCAAGAGGAUGGUUUCGACCUGGACUUAACAUAUAUCUACCCAAAUAUCAUUGCAAUGGGCUUUCCAGCAGAGAGACUUGAAGGCGUGUACAGAAACAAUAUAGAUGAUGUAGUACGGUUUUUGGAUUCAAAGCAUAAAAACCACUACAAAAUCUACAACCUCUGUGCAGAAAGACACUACGAUACUGCCAAAUUUAACUGCAGAGUUGCACAGUACCCCUUCGAAGACCAUAACCCUCCUCAGCUGGAGCUAAUUAAGCCGUUUUGUGAAGACCUGGACCAGUGGCUCAGUGAGGAUGACAAUCAUGUGGCAGCCAUCCACUGUAAGGCUGGGAAGGGCCGCACCGGAGUCAUGAUCUGCGCGUAUCUCCUCCAUCGUGGAAAAUUCCUGGAGGCCCAAGAAGCACUUGAUUUUUACGGGGAAGUCAGGACAAGGGACAAGAAGGGAGUGACGAUCCCGAGCCAGCGCCGCUACGUCUACUACUACAGCUACCUACUGAAGCACCAGCUAGAGUACAAGCCGGUGGCGCUGCUCUUCCACAAAAUGGUGUUCGAGACUCUCCCUAUGUUCAGCGGGGGCACCUGCAGGGACAGUACCAUUAAAAACAGGAGCGACCCGACCCCUCAGGGCUUCAAGAAAGGGAAUUGGCAUUGGGAUCCCCAGGUUGUGGUGUACCAGCUGAAAGUGAAGAUUCACACGUCAAACCCCACUCACACGCGGCGCGAGGACAAGCACAUGUAUUUUGAAUUCCCCCAGCCGCUGCCAGUUUGUGGAGACAUCAAAGUGGAGUUCUUCCAUAAACAGAAUAAGAUGUUGAAGAAGGACAAGAUGUUUCACUUUUGGGUGAACACGUUCUUCAUCCCUGGACCAGAGGAGAGCGGGGACAAGAUGGAGAAUGGGGCAGUGAACAAUGCAGAGAGCCAGCAGGGUCUUCCGGUGCAGGGUCUUCUGGGACUGGGACCGGGACCGGGGCACGGCCUUCAGGGGCACGGCCCUCAGGGACAGGGCCUUCCGGCACAGGGCCUUCCGGCACAGGGACCGGGAUUCAGCCGACCGGGGCAGGGCCCGCUGCAAAGUGCCGAAUGCAGGGACCCCUGGAGAGAAAACAACAGGGAGGAAAAGAAGGAAAGCAGCAAAGAAAGCGACAGGGACAAGGACUACCUCAUCCUGACGCUUAAUAAGAAUGACUUGGACAAGGCCAACAAAGACAAAGCUAACCGCUACUUCUCACCAAACUUCAAAGUGAAGUUGUACUUUACGAAAACCGUGGAGGAGCCGAACUCCGAGGCUAGUACUUCAACAUCUGUCACCCCUGACGUUAGCGACAAUGAGCCAGACCAUUACCGAUACUCUGACACCACUGACUCAGACCCGGAAAAUGAACCUUUUGAUGAAGAGCAGCACACGCAAAUCACAAAAGUGUGAACUCUUUUUAAACAGGAAAAGAAGAAAUUAUACACAAGAAAAAAGGAGAAAACUUGAAUAAAAACUCAAAAGAAGAACCUUUGUCCCUUCCCUCCCCCAGACGGCAAUACAAUAUCAUCAUGUCAAAUGCCAAUUUUAGGGAAAAAAAGAUGAAAUAUCCUGACCAAUAUAUUGUUUUGUUUAUUCUUUUUUCUCUUUGGCACGGCCAUGUACCAUGUGCGAGGUAUUGACACUGUUGCCCCAUGGGAAAAGGUGCUGUAGCUAUAAAACUGUGUUUAUAUAUAUAUACAUACAUAUAUGUAUAUACAUAUAUACAUGCAUAUAUAACAAACUUUUUUGUGUCAAAGACAAUGGAAAGAGUACCACAAUCAGGAGACAGGAGUUGAAGUGUGGGAGAAGUUAGAAUGAUAUACUAGGACUAUGCUGCUCUUCUCCUGUCUAAACCAAGGCCAGUGCUGCAGUCACUUUGUUUCACUCCCUCUCUUCUCCUCUCAUCUUUUACUCUCCCCACCCUUCAUCCCUCUUCCUUCCUAUAUUCCUUUACUGUGAAUGCUUCUUGUGCUCUUUGCAGGCCGUCUCAUGUGACUUUUGGCCUUUGUGCAGUGCAGACUGCAUGCGGGCAGUGGGUUGGGGGUGGGCGGGGUUAUAAAGAGGCUGUGAUGAUGUCUAAAGCAUUGCCAUUCCUGUUCCCACUGUGUAUAUGUUAAAUUAUGCAGAACAAGGCAUCCCAUGUAAUUGUUAAUGUUUUUUUUAUCCUAAGAUAAUAAAAAUAUAAUACACAAAACA